GACCGCCUCUUCCGCUUACGCUACCUGGCGGCGACAGGAAAUAAGCGGGCGCCCCGGAAGUUGAAGGGCGUAUCCUGCUAGCUUGGCUUCCUCAACAUGGCGGCCCCCUUGUGUGUGGAGGUGGAGUUCGGAGGUGGUGCAGAGCUCCUCUUUGAUGGAGUCAAAAAACAUCAGAUUACCUUGCCUGAGCAAGAGGGACCUUGGGACAUCCGGAACCUCCUUGUCUGGAUCAAGAAGAACUUGCUCAAAGAGCGGCCAGAGCUGUUCAUCCAGGGAGAGAGUGUGCGGCCAGGAAUUCUGGUGUUGAUUAAUGAUGCCGACUGGGAACUGCUGGGGGAGCUGGACUACCAGCUGCAAGACCAGGACAGCAUCCUCUUCAUCUCCACACUGCACGGCGGCUGAGGGCUCCUCUGUGAGCCCGAGCACCUUUGCAAGGGGAGCACAGGACAACCACACCUCUCCCUGGGCCCUGCUUCCAGUCCUCAGUUCCCCUUGGCUGCCUCCUUCUCUGCUGUACCCCUGAGCUCCCUCUAGGCAGGCAAAAGAGGCCAGGUGCUAAAAAUGAGCCUUUUUGGGCAAGGCGCGUGAGCAGGGAGGGAGAACAGUGCCUGAGCCCAGCACUCCUUCCAGCCGUUGAGAGGGAGGAGGGCACUCCUGUGACAUGUCAGGAGUGGAGGGGGCUCUAUGCCCAGGUGACCGACCGGCUGCUUGCCGCUCCUUCUGUCUCGGUAUAUGUAAGCACUGAGUGACUGCCUAGAAGGCACUCCAGUUCCUGAGACAUCUUCAUGGGGAAGAUGGAUGAACUUGAGUAACUGAUGAGAAGCCCCUCUCUUGCCAAAGAUUAGAGGGGGCCUCCGCCUCAGUUUCCCCAUCUGGACACUGAGGACUCUGCUUGUCCCCCACUGAUGUCAUUAUGGAACCCCAGCUGGGGUCCCCUAUUCAGUGCUCACCUCCCUCCCCUCCACCCAGCAGCUGCUCUCCUAGCCACACCCCUCCUCCUGUUCCCCCCCAUCCCCAGCCCUUGACCCUGGCCGGCCUCCCCCCCCUACAUAGGCCACCAGAUGGGCUCCUGAGACACUCUCCAGUCUGCCUACAACUCUUUCUGCUGAGGAGAGAGAAUGGGAGGAAGUAGCCUAACCUUAGAGGGGGUGGGGCCUCUGUGUAACUCCCAGCUUCCUGAAACAAGCAGGGUUUGGGUGUGCAGCACCUGGUAGGCAGAGGGCUGUGCCCCCCUUUCCUCCAUCCCUUCUGGAAAUCUGGGGACCUUGUGCCUGCAGCUGGCCUUGGGCAAAUAAAAAGACUAGGUUGUUUACUA